GUGGGUUGCGAAAGCUUAUUAUUGUGGAAAGUCCCGAGGAAAUCCCCACACCGGGCCUUUCCGAAGACGGCGCAACCUUAAACUCUUGCUGCCUUAAACAAAUGUCAGUUAAUGGUGAUCCGAGAUGGAGGUAAUAGCGCGGGCUUAAUGGCGGUCUGGACUGGCUUCGGUGACAUUGAGAAAAGCGGCGGCGGAGCUGUCUGAGAUCUUUUGUGAGGAUUGUUGCUGUUUCUCUCCGACAUAUUGCACAGUUUCUGUAGGCCCUCGCGAACACGCUUGCCAGGAGAACACCAUGUCCCAAGGCCCAAACUUCCUCCCCAAGUUCCUGUUCGUCAGUAACCUCCUGAAGGCCAUGAAGAUCCGCGAACGCGUCCCCACCGAUGUGGUGAAGCCGUCGGCCAGCAACGGAGUCAUCCACCACCUGCGCUCCAUGCACCGGCACACGGUGGAGAUGAUCCGAAUGGGUCACUUUCCGCAGGCUUUCCGCGAGGUGGUGCAGACCGCCGUGCUGGACCGGCCCAUGCAGACCUCCCUGGAACUAGAGAAGAGGCUGAACUGGUGCCGGGAGGUGAAGAAGCUGGUGCCUCUGCGGACCAACGGGGAUGGGAACUGUCUUCUCCACGCCGCCUCCCAGUAUAUGCUGGGGGUCCAGGACACGGACCUGGUUCUGCGCAAGGCCCUCUACGGCGCCCUGAAGGAGACGGACACCCGGAGUUUCCGUCUGCGAUUCCAGACAGAGCUGCUCCAUUCCCAAGGCUUCACCCAGACGGGCCUUCGUUACAACACACUAAACUGGGAGGAGGAGUGGGAGAAGGUGGUGGAGAUGGCCUCCUUGGAGACAAAUCCUCACGGACUGCAGUAUGGCUCCCUGGAGGACAUUCACAUCUUUGUACUCUGCAACAUUCUUCGCCGGCCGAUCAUCGUCAUCGCAGAUCAGGUGGUCAGAAGCAUGAAGUCGGGCACCUCCUUCUCCCCCCUAAACGUGGGAGGCAUUUAUCUCCCGUUGCACUGGCCCCCAGGGGAGUGCUACAAGUAUCCCAUAGUGCUCGGCUAUGACUCCCAGCACUUUGCGCCACUCAUAACGGUCCAGGACAGCGGUCCAGAGAUCCGAGCCAUCCCACUGUGCCACCUGGGCCGGGGGGCCUUCGAGGACCUUAAGGUUCACUUCCUCAUGGAGAAGGAGCAGCCACAGAAAGACAAGCUCCUGAAAGACUACCUGAUACUGGUCGACAUCCCAGUAAAUGGUCCCAGUCCGGGUACGACACACAUGAUCAACGCUGCCAGGUUAGACGAGAGCAACCUUCCUGAAGAUAUGAACCUGAUGGAGGAUUACCUGCAACUGGUCAACCAUGAGUAUAAGUGCUGGCAGGGGGACCAGGAGGUGGCGUGGGACGUACGACCACAGCAGGACACCCGCUUCUCCGUCUCGCAGCUGUCGCUUAUCGAGAUCCGCUGCGCUACACCCCGCUGUACCUUCUACAUCUCUGUGGACACGCAGCCUCACUGCCACGAGUGCUUUGAGAAGCGGCGGGCUGAGCGGGCCCGAGAGGUGCCCCGGGCCAUGCCACCUGCGCCGCACGCACCUGCUUCCCAUUCGCCGCCUGCCGUAGCGCCCAGCCCCCGCUCGGCCCCGCCCACCGCGCCCAGCCUCAGUCUGUACAGCGAGACACAUGCCAUGAAGUGCAAGACGCCUGGUUGCCUCUUCACGCUGAGCGUGGAGCACGACGGCCUGUGCGAACACUGCCACAAUGCCCAGCGGGCUGGCCGCCACGCUGGCUCUGACCGCUGCUCCCGCUGCCAGCAGGAGGCCUUCCGGAUGCUCGACGGCCUGUGCGCCACCUGCCUGCAGAGGGCGGCCAAGGAGAGGGCGGAGCCUCAGCCGCAGGUGCCCGGCCCAGAGCGCCCCCCGGUGGACUGGCCGCCAAUAGCUAACACGAACGAAACAGUGGUAUCCAGGAUCCAGAGGGAAGCGCCCCCUGUUGGCCGAAAGUGCAAGAGGCAGGACUGUGACUAUUUCGGUACGGCCGAGCAAUUGGGCUUCUGUUCCAUUUGCUACGAGGAUUAUCAGAUCAAUCGGUCCGGCCCUGCGCCUACAGCCUCGAGACCAUCACCCCCGCCCGCGCGCGCCUGCCUGGAAGCAGGCCUGAAGAACUCCUCCCAAUGCCGCGGACCUUCCUGCGGAGCUGCGGGCCGUACAGUCUAUGAAGGAUACUGCAAGAAGUGCUUCGUCAAAGAGCAGGGCGUUCGGCUAGGGCAAGCUGGUACCCGCGUGUCCCAGUCACCCCCACUGGCUAUGAGAGCCGCGCAGCCCAGAGCGACCCUGAAGCCGGCACGCUGCAGUCGAAGCGGCUGCAGGAACUCCCACCCAGGCUGGGCGGAGCUAUGCUCCGAGUGCCAGGCCCGUGGCCGCUGGGAGGGCCACCGGGGUCACGGACACGAGGAGGUCGCUAAGCAGCGCUGUCGGACGCAGUGGUGCGAGCACUACGCCAACCAGGAGAAGGACGGCUACUGUAACGAGUGCAGCUACUUCCUAAAGCACCCCCGGGGCCCUGAGGGGUUCCGCCGUGUCCAGGACAGCCGGUCCACACGCUAAUGCUCCCCGCCAGCCUCAACCCCGAUGGGGCUCUGUGGGUGCCGAGUCCUUAGCGUCCGUCUCCCGUGCUCUGCAACACGGACGGUUAUGACUUCUGUAAAAAUACAUCACAUCGUGACCAAAGUUCACUUUUCACCAGUGGAAAAGGUGUUUCCAGUGCCAAAACCAGGGGUCCUUUGUCCGGGUGGUCCGAGGCCGCUCUGUCCAGGGUCCUCUGACAUCCCGCCAAGGAGCGUGGAAGGGACCAGCAGCCGGACUGUCUCCUCUAGUUAGGACGAUGGUGCUAACCUCGCUAAAACACUCACGCUCAACACGGAACCUGCCAUGCCAGGAUCUAGGAACCAUAGAGUCACACCGCUGUCGCUGUCCUCGUGGCUGUCCGCUAACCCGUAACGCCGGGCUCUGUGAUGUGCAGGGUCACAGCACUGCUGUUGUCCGCAUAGCUGUCCGCUAACUCUAACCCGCAGCGCUUGAAGUCCGUGUGUUUCCCUCCGCGGCCGUGUGUGCGAUCAGUGGCCCAGCUGUGAAACGUCUGUUAGCCAAUGGGCUGGUCUGUUAACCAGCGGUCACCCAACAAGCCUUUUCAGUGCCGAUCGGGAACGUAAGCAUUCAGCAACAUGCAGGAGACCACGAAUGUGGCGACGUCCUGUCUUGACAAGUAGGAAAAUGGGAAAGAUUACACCUUUUGAUGGAAUCUAUAAAAUACCAUUUAACAUGCCAUCAUUUUUAUGUUCCGACUGUUGUUAUUCCCAACGUCAUAAUAUUUUGAUUGCAUUUAGGGAAUUUCCCAUAUAAGAAUAAAAACACCGUAAUCCAAAAGGACAGUCCUUGGUAAAAUCCCCGGAGUAUUUGAUGCUGUAUUUAUGCUGGAGAGAGAGACAGAGAGAUAGAGAGAGAGAGUGAGCACUCAGUUGGAAGGGAAAACGCACCCGAUAGUUUAAAUAGAUUGGCUUCUCCCCCCUACGCCUUUCUACUUACCCCCUUUGUUUCCGCCUUGAUUUGCCUCGUACGUCUCCACUUCCUUCCGUUUCACACUCUUAAAAAUGCACAACUGACAUUUUUUCUUUUUCCAUUUUUAUUUCUGCUUCACCCAUGUACGCGUUUUUAAUAUAUAUAUAUAAUUUUUUUUGAGUUACGCUUACUGAGGCGACACUGAGCAUGUACGUGAGGAUUUGUGGGAGAUCAUAGGCAGGUUUAGGCGAGUUUGUGUAAAGUAAGUUAUCUCUGGAGAAUAAAAAGUACCUUGUUGUUGGCUUGUCCAGUUUUGUUGUGUAGUGGGUGAUUAACUUGAUGGAAGCCUGUAUACAGAAUUACACACGGGGGCCGUCCUCCAUCUUGUACAGAUGUUUAAGACCUUUCUGUGUCCUGGGUGUGAAUGCAGUUCAUCCGAUUGCAAUAUUGCACAGCUCUAAUAUAAGCUGUUCUGGAAUUUUGGGUUGGUAUCGGGGUGCAACUGAACGUAACAUUCCGCGAAUAGACAAAAUUAGGAGAGCAGUCAUUUCCUUACAAUGUAUUUUAAUUGUAUUGCUGGAAGAACUGUUUUUUUUGUUUGUUUUUUGGUAUUUAUUCAUUUAAAAAAAUUAGUAAUUCGCCACUUUAUUUAUAUAAUCUCAAAUAAAUUAUUUUUAAUAAUACGUGUGCGAUUCGUUGAUCUUUGUUUCGAUCUCACCUGUUUGGAAAAAUGUGCAUGACGUGCUUUCCUGUUGCACGCCGGGGCCGUUUCCAUGGGAACGGCUUCUGCGUCGCCGCAGGCGCGACCCGGCGGCGUGCCAGAGAUGUGCUCGAUGGCUUAUCAAAGAAACUUCGCAAGUGAGAGAUGGAGCUGGGUUUUUUUAUAUCGGUGCCUAUAAUACCAGGGAACUCUUGGCCUCCCCUGUUGUUAAUCUGUAAAAUGAUAUGUAUUAUUUACUAAGAUUAAGGUGAGCUUGUGGUCUUAUGAUUAUAAUUGCUGUACUACAAGAACCUCACUUCCUGUACCUGAGACAUGGUUCUUGUUUUACGAGGGUGUGAUACAAUAAUUGUAUGUAACUGUAAAAUGUGCUGAAUGUAUCUCAACAAGCCCAUUAAACCAGCUUGUGUGCUUCAGAGCAGUGGUAAUUUUAA